CCCCCCCACCCAGCCAAAGCCCCGAUCCCCCGUUGCAUGGAAUAAACCCAGCCAGCGGACCCCCCCGCCGCCGGGUCGGAAAGCGGAGGCAGAGCGGUCUCAUGGUACCAAGUGACGUGUCCUCCUUAUGAGAAUCAGUCCCCAGAAGCGCCCGAGAAAAUGUCAGGAAUGCAGGCUGUUUGGGCUUCCGGCACAGAAUGUAUCGCCAAAUAUAAUUUUCACGGCACAGCUGAUCAAGAUCUCCCCUUCAGCAAAGGAGACGUUCUCACCAUCAUCUCGGUCACCAAGGACCCCAACUGGUACAAAGCCAAAAACAAAGUAGGCCGCGAGGGGAUCAUCCCGGCCAACUACGUUCAGAAGCGCGAAGGGGUGAAAUCUGGAAUCAAGCUGAGCCUCAUGCCCUGGUUUCACGGGAAGAUCACACGGGAACAAGCGGAGCGGCUGCUCUACCCUCCGGAGACGGGCCUCUUCCUCGUACGCGAGAGCACCAACUAUCCGGGCGACUACACCCUCUGCGUCAGCUGCGAAGGCAAGGUGGAACAUUACCGCAUCAUCUACUCCUCCAGCAAGCUGAGCAUCGACGAAGAGGUCUACUUCGAAAACCUCAUGCAACUCGUGGAGCACUACACCUCGGAUGCUGACGGGCUCUGCACUCGUCUCAUGAAGCCGAAGGUCAUGGAAGGCACCGUGGCGGCGCAAGACGAAUUCUCACGGAGCGGAUGGUCCCUCAACAUGAAAGACUUGAAGCUGCUACAGAUCAUUGGGAAGGGAGAGUUUGGAGAUGUGAUGUUGGGUGAUUACCACGGAAACAAGGUUGCUGUGAAAUGCAUCAAAAAUGACGCCACCGCACAAGCCUUCUUAGCUGAAGCUUCGGUGAUGACACAGCUCCGGCAUAGCAAUUUGGUCCAGAUGUUGGGGGUGAUCGUGGAGGAGAAAGGGGGCCUCUACAUUGUCACAGAAUUUAUGGCAAAGGGAAGUUUAGUCGAUUAUCUUCGUUCCCGUGGAAGAUCCGUGCUGGGAGGCGAGUGUUUGUUGAAGUUUUCCUUAGAUGUCUGCGAAGCCAUGGCCUACUUGGAAGCCAACAACUUCGUUCACCGGGACUUGGCAGCGAGGAACGUCUUGGUCUCGGAGGACAAUAUUGCUAAAGUCAGUGACUUUGGGCUGACAAAAGAAGCUUCGUCCACCCAGGACACUGGCAAGCUCCCGGUGAAAUGGACAGCACCAGAAGCACUUAGAGAAAAGAAAUUUUCAACCAAAUCAGACGUAUGGAGCUUUGGAAUUCUUCUCUGGGAAAUCUAUUCCUUUGGGCGAGUGCCUUAUCCGAGAAUUCCUCUGAAGGACGUGGUCCCUCGUGUGGAAAAGGGGUACAAGAUGGACUCUCCGGACGGUUGCCCCCAGAUUGUCUACGAGGUGAUGAAAAAAUGCUGGACUUUGGAUGCCGCCCACCGGCCGUCCUUCCACCAAUUACGGGAACAGCUAGAGCAUAUCAAAGCCAGCGAGCUCUACCUGUGAAGCCGACCGGAGGGCGGGGCUUCUUUUGGACACGCCCCUCCCCGCCCUCUCCCCUGUGCACAGACCUCAGGGGCGAGGCUGGGCGAAGAAAAAAAAAACCCCUCUCCCUCUCCCCGCCCCCCCAAGCGAAGCAGGUGGUUGGUUUUUCCAGGAAUCCAAAUUUCUCCACUGUCUUUAGAGAAACGUACGGACCUUGGACCCCUCCCCAGGGGCCCCGAUGGGUAGGUGGGGAGCCCGGCUCCCUUCUCCCGUGGAAGUCUCUCUUUCUCUCCCCCUCUCUCUCUCAGCUGAACCACCUGAAGAAUGGACACGUGGGAACCAACAUGGAGGUUUCCUUCUCCUUCCUGUCCUUUAAAAACAAAAUCUUGUUUCACCGCAAGGGUCGAAUCGUAUCAUAUUUUAGUUGCAUGUUCUCCAACGUUGUUGAAUCCCUUCUUUCUUCUCGUGGACUCCCCCACCCCGCCUCCCCUUUCCUUUAAUUCAUCCCUACCUCCCUCCCACCUGUUUUCAGCCUCCCUCCGGAACCAAACUCAUACUCGUUCUUGUUUCGGAGGAAAACGUAA